AUGCCUGCUCACCCUGGUUCGGCGGAGGCGUGGCGGGCUGCGCGUGCCAGACUACGAGAUGAGCCGCCACCGAGAUUCCCUAUUGUUAUGACAAAUUUCAUGACCCCUCAGAAGGUGCAAGAGCCUGCUGAUCUGCCGUCGCUACCAGAGAUUGGAUGGACAACCACCACUGGAUUUGAUCAGGAGGAGCUUGAUCACCUGCGGAGGUUACAGUACUGCGUUUUUACCGGCAGCGGCCGGUUCCUUCAUUUGAAAGAAACCACUAUCGGGGAGAAGACGAUGUCAGAACAGCCUGACGAGAACAACCUACUAAGGGCUCGAUUUGAAGACCAGCGGAAACGAAAGUUUGAAAAAGAUAAGGCGAGAAAAAGCAAGGAUUCCUGCUCGCCUUGGCCAGUGGAGGCAUGGCAGGCCGCGUGGGCAGCGUCAGCAGCUGAUGUAAAGCGAGAACCGAGAUUCCCGAUCAUCAUUACCGAUUUUCUGACACCUCAGAAUGUAAAAGAGCUUGCCGGGCUCUCAUCACUCCCCGAAACGAAAUGGACGAUCACCACAGGAUUUGCGGAUAAAGAACUCGACAAUCCAGAAGAAUUACAGUAUUGUAUUGUUAAUGGAUAUGCGCAGCUUGAUCGCGUGGAAAGGGGCUCUAUAGGAAAGGAGGUUCGUGUCUGGUGUGAGGGCAAGAAAAUAAUCACUUGGUCAGCACAUGCAGAAGCACAGAAGAUCGAUGGUACAAAAACGACCGAUCAUUGA